AUGGAACGUGUGGAAAUCGUACCUAAUCUACCCCUACAGGAACUCAUUGAAAAGAAAACGACAGCGAUAGACCAACAGAAAGUGUUGUAUUACGUUAAUGAGAGUGUAUAUGGCAGUAUUGGCUUUAUAACUCUUGAUCCUACCCUGAUUAUUUUAAAGCCGGUCAAGAAGAAUACGAACGGUACAACGAAUGCAGUUUUAUUUGGUCAAACGUGUGAUUCUUUAGAUCUUCUGUUAAAUGAAUGUUCCUUACCAAAGCUUAAUGCUGGUGACUGGAUAUAUUUCGAAGAAGUUGGAGCUUAUUCACUAGUUCUGGCCACCGAAUUUAAUUCAUUCAAGAAACCAAAAUGCUUCUAUUAUAUUCAAGAAGAAUUUUGGAAUGAAAUUCAAGGGAAGAUUGAUCUACCUUUUAAUUUUUAUAACAUGAGCUAA